AUGAUACAAGGGUGUUUUAGUAACCCCGGGAGUCCGGUGUCAAACAGAAGCAAAAAUGUACAGGCAGCAACAACGUCAUCGUCAUCAAAAGAGUCUCUUAUUACUUGUAUAUAUCAAACUCGGUUGAUUGACUCACCGAUUUAUCUUACACUCACUUGGUCAAGAACGCCUUACUCACAUUCCCUUACUAUCCAUGCUCCUGAUUUGUUUUCCAUUACAAUUUCUCUCCAACCAUCUACCUUCUCUAUUUUCCGGACCCGGCCCGGGUCCAAAUCCAUUCAGCUCAACCAAACCCAUGACCAUCAGAACCAAAAUGAGAGUCAACCUAAGAUUAAGUUAUACUAUGACUUUACUCGAGCCGAGUUCGCUCAGCCAAACUCGGCCGAGCCAGAGUCAAGAUUUUACUUGGCAUUUAUACGAAAUGGCCGGCUUGAGUUCCUCCUGGGUGAUCUCCGGGAGGACUUAUCCCGGAGAGUUGGACUCGACCGAGUUGACAACAACUCGGCCGAGUCCACUCUCCUGUCGAGGAGGGAGCACGUAUUUGGGCGUAGAAUCUACGCAACACGGUCUGAGUUCCUGGGUUCGACUCGUUCGAUCGAGAUCGAGUGCUCGGGAGGAACACUAAAGGUGAAGUUCGAUGGAGAGUUGAAAGUGAACGUAAAAAGAUUAGCAUGGAAGUUUAGAGGAAAUGAGAGAAUGAUGGUUGAUGGAAUUGCGGUGGAAUUUUAUUGGGAUGUGUUAAAUUGGGUUAAUAAUAACAAUAAUAAUCAUAAUAAUGGAGGGAAUUUAAUGGGUGCUCAGAAAAAUGGGGUGUUUGUUUUUCAAGUGGGUGAAGGUGGGGUUUGGCCGGAAAUGGUGGGGCCAGAGAAGAGGUUGAUGAGGAAGAAUUCACCCGCGCCGGGGACAGCGUUGUCCCCAGCCGGGUCGUGUUCUAGUGUAUUGCAAUGGGCGGAGGAGAGUAGUGAUUGUGGGAGGAGUUCUUCGGGUUCGUCUUCGACGACGCGGUCGAGUGGUAGUUUCGGUGGUGGUGGUGGUAAUGGUGGUUAUUCUUUAAUUUUGUAUGCAUGGAGGAGAGAAUAG